AUGAGGAGGUAUCUGGUCGGAGGAGUUUUUGUGAGGAACCAGGCCGCUCAGAGGGACCUCGAGCAGGACAUGAAGGAGACAACACCAGUCUUAGGGAUGGAAACUCACUCUCUGGAACUUACAGAAGUGUUUCAUGAUCACAGCUAUUCAAGGGUCCUGACACUGAAAAAGCAGCUGCAGGCCUCACAGCUGGAGCUCAACCAUCCAGAAGAAACCAGCGCAGGGCUGAAAUGUGAGCGGUUCUUUCUCCAGCGCCUCCAGAGUGAGCCAGAGCUUAUCAUGUUCUACACUGGAUUCAAAGACUACAACACACUCAAAGCAUUUUACCUAGUUCUGCAGCCCACACCAGAAACUAUUGGAAAUUGGAGUCAGGUGCUGAAAAAGACUGAAGACAGCACAGUGGACGCUGGCUUCCAGGCACAACACCUGUGUUUGUUUGAUCAGCUGUUUCUAUUCCUUUGCUUCGUGAGGCGGGGUUUUUUUCCUAUUGACAUGUCUAAGAGGCUCCUGGUGUCAGAGGACAUUGUGUUGACCACCUGCAUCACAUGGUGCCACUACCUGUUCUUCAUGCUGGGAACGCUGCCGAUAUGGCCAAGUAGACGGGCUGUGGAUAAGCUGAUGCCGCCGUUCUUCACAGCAACCUUCCCCAAAACACGGGUGGUGCUGGACUUGAUUGAGAUCCACAUCCAGCUGGCAACAUGCACAGUGAACUCUUCCCAUCACAAAGGCUCCACAACACUUAAGUCCCUGGUCGGCAUCACUCCAUCUGGCUCCGUCAGCUUCGUCAGCAGCGUCUUCACAGCCUCCAUCUCCGAUAAGGACGUCAUCAGGGAGUCAGGGAUUUUAAACCUCCUGGAGCCAGGUGACGAAGUGAUGGCAGACAAGAGCUUAGAGAUCAAAGAAAUCCUCGAUGGGAUUGGCGUAAACCUCGUCAGCCUGACGUUCUUGGGGCCAAAUGAACAGUUAAAUCAAGACGAUAUAACACACACGCGAACCUCUGGCCGCUUAAAAAUCCAUGUGCAGAAGGCGAUCAGUCGUAUCAAAGAGUACCACGUAUUUGAUGACGUUCCGUCGACACUGUGUGCGUCAGUCAACCAGCUGUGGACAGCCUGCGCUCUACUGACAAACUUUCAAGGACCUCUGAUUUGAUGCUGUGUUCAGCUACACAGACACUACCUCAGACACUUUUGGCUCAGGGCAGAUAAGUGUUGAUAUCAGGACAGAAAAACCCAAAAUAUACUGAUUCUUUACUCCAUUGUUCUCCCUCCAGAAAACAGACAUGUUCAUUUUCACACUGUGAAUUGUUGCUCUUUGUACAAAUGUUUGUGUUUGUUAAAUUUGAAUUUUUUUUUAAGUUUGUAUUUUUUCAUUUUUUUUUUUAUUUUAUAGGCCAAAAAAGAAUCUGCAGAUUAAUCAAUCAUGAAAAUAUUCAUUGGUUUGUGCACUGUUCGUUUUGGAGUCGGGCAGUUUCUUGUGUUGUUACCAGACUGAUGGGGUUACCAGCAGGGAAACAUCUGGUUGUGAUAUAAAACAGAAGUUCAGUUCUAUAUUAUUAAAUAAAACAGUGUUAAUUGU